AUGAUAAAGAAUGCUAAGACAACAUACUACUCAUCGGUUAUUUCCAGUAAUGCACAUAAUCAGAAAGUGUUAUUUAGUAUGGUUGAUAAAUUACUCCAUCGAAAGCCAGAAAAGCGCUAUCCAACUGCGUCAUCAACGACUGAACUCGUGAAUAAAUUUGCAGAUUUCUUCAAUAAUAAGAUUGCUAUUAUAUGGAAAGAACUAGCCAUUGAUUCUUCCCACUGUAAUCAGCGAAAUCAAGAGGAACAAUAUGCACAAUGCGUUAAAUUCAUUAACUUUCAAGAAGUCGCGGAACAUGAGAUUGAAAAUGUUAUUGAUAAAGUUGGUAAAAAAUCUUGUGAACUUGAUCCAGUUCCCGCAAAAAUCUUUCAAGGUUGUCAGAAGACUCUCUUACCUAUAAUUACUAAGAUUUAG